CGAUGUGGGCGGGGAAAGGGCAAGGGAUGUUUCAGAACCUGGUGAGACCGAGGAUGGUGGUUGGGGGCCGCGAGGAAGAGGUCAGUUGUUGAGUGACUACUCAAUUCUCUGUUCACACUGAUGCCCCUUUCAACGUCCUUGUCAAGAACAACAGCUCCAGUUCUGGAAAUUGACAUUGUGCUUAUCUGAUUGAUUGUCCACUAGCCAUGACUGUCAGAUUGUUCAGAAUCUUGGACCUGUCUCCAUAUUUGAUGAAAAGAACUUUCUGUUUGAGAUCUUCUCUGGGAAGUAUUCCACUGCUUGGGAUAAGGCCCUGUAACAAUUUUCGAAGAAAUGUUCUGUGCUGCCCAUGGAAAGGCCAAGAUGGAAGAUCAUCAGACUAUGGGCUAGCACCAUGCUUCCUAAACCCAAAAGGGACAGCUUUUGUGCAAAUGGUGCAUUGGCAAUCUCCGCAUUGUAUACAGUGUGCAAACAUAAGGAAACAGUUUUAUUCCAGUGUGACAGGCAGCGGUAAAAUCAUUCCCAAACAGAAAGUACUGUCACCUAAAAGACCUCUUAAAGGGCCUCGGACCAAACAGCCGUCGAGGACCAACCAGCCAGCUCUUGCAGAUGUGGAGGAUCUAAUGAAAUGUACAGCCUUUGCAACAGCAGAUGAGUAUCACCUAGAAAACCUUUGCCAUGAUUUGAUGUCAAGUGGUUAUCAUGAGAUAACAGACCUGCCCAGAGAUGCCUCAAAUGUCUUGGUAAUUGGAACUGACAUGCUGGCCAAGCCAAAUGAUUAUGGAUUAAUUUUCUUAUUCAGGGAGGGCUCUGUUGUCUUUUGGAAUGUGGAAGAUAAAGCAGUGAAACGUGUAAUGCAAAUCUUGGAACCACAUGAGAUCCAACCUUAUGAAAUCGCUUUGGUUCAUUGGGAAAAUGAGGAAAUUAAUUACCGGAUUGCAGACGGGCAUUCAAAGCUGCAUAAAGGACAGAUUUUGUUGAACUCUGAUCUGGAGCUAGAUGAAUCUAUUUUGGAGAAAUUUGCAUUUUCAAAUGCACUUUCCCUGUCAGUAAAACUUGCUAUCUGGGAGGUGUCAUUGGAUAACUUUGUUGAGUCCAUUCAGUUCAUUCCUGAGAUGCUGAAAUCAGGAAAACAAGUGAAACUUACACGUUCUGAAGUCAUGCAGAAAAUUGGUGAGCUGUUUGCCUUGAGACAUCGUAUAAAUUUGAGUUCCGAUCUCCUGAUGACCCCAGAUUUUUACUGGGACAGAGAAAACCUGGAACAGCUCUAUGACAAAACUUGUCAAUUUCUGAAUAUUAACCGACGUGUAAAGGUGAUUAAUGAAAAGUUACAACAUUGUACUGAACUAACAGACUUGAUGAGAAACCAUCUAAGUGAGAAACAUGGACUACGUCUUGAGUGGAUGAUCGUGAUCCUCAUUUCUAUUGAAGUCUUGUUUGAACUUGCACGUGUUAUUUUUUAAGUCAGAUGGGAAGUAGUUUGGAAUACAGUGAUCAAAGAUCAUAUCUCCAGGUGGGGCAUAAAGAAUAGCCUCCAGAAGGCCUUACUGCUACCUGAAUGCCAGAUCAUUGUGGAACGUCUGCAUUUUUAACAAUUCAGUUUCUAUCCAAUCUAUACUACUCAUUCACAAAAUCACAUUGCACCCAUUAGUGGUUUUGCCUGCCACUCAGUGAUAUACUUGACUUUAUUUUUAAUUUCUGGAAUAUAUAUGUACAAAGAAAAAUAAGCAAAACUGUUUUAAUUGUUAGUUCAAUUUAAUCAUGCAGGAGCCAAGACUGAAUAAACUUGAAUUUGUAGCAAUUUUGUUUUACAUAAAAUGUUUGAAACUGGCAUGUAAUGAAGCAAGGACAUUGUGGUACCUGUGGAGCCAGAGUAAUAUCUUAUUGUGCAUCCUUUGGGGUAGAGGGGAACUGCGUAUGGGCUAUUAUUUUAGAAGUCUGGAACCUUAGGAUUCACUAAAUCUCCUUAGACAGCAUGUCCCAAACGCACUACCAUUGAGAAGGACAAGGGCAGCAACCACACAAAACAUAUUUGAGCAAACAACAAUUCUUUACCACACUAGUUAAAACAGUAAUACAAUGCACAAUAUACGUACAACUUAUUUCUAACAACCAGAAAUAAAAUAUGGUAACUAUAGGUAAUAUAAUAUGAUCAAACACCCCACAAUCAAGGCAGAUACACAGAUUUAUCUGCCACUCCCUGCAAAUGUUCAUGACACUGUGGGUCAUCAAAUCUGGUUAAAGCUUACAAGUUCUUUUGGAAGUUUAGUGCUGAAACUUCCCCUCCAGAGCCAUUUCAUCACACUGCCUGAACAACUGUUCCUGUUCUAGUCAAUCAGCUUCCUUUCCUGACCAGAUGCUUCCCUGGAUUCUGAAAACUACCCUCCCUAAGAGACGCAACUUCAACCUUUCAUCAACUGCUGGUUUCACCGAGGAACGUCAGUUCCUGUGUUCCUCCUGAGCUGUAAUCGUGCUCUGUGGUGCAAAGCAAAUGCUUCUUAAAGGGUUGUCAAUCCUGACUGUCAGCUAUACUGAUUGUUAGUGAUACCUGAUUUCUUGCGAGCCAUCACAACCUGCAAGAUGUUUCCUAAUCCCCAACGGCAAUACCAAACUGCCUAAUAACUCCUAGAACUUGGCCUGAGUUUUAACAGCACAGAGUAUCCAAAUGUCUUGGACUUAACUACUAUAACUGUGUAGUUUAGUUUUACUGCAGGAAAGGCAGCUAAUAAUCAGCACUUCCAACGUGGAGUCUGUUAUCUGUUCUUCUCUUUAGCUGCUCUUCAAUUAUCCCUGAAUGACCUAUUGAAAACCUUGCGUAAGCCCCUCCUUUGUUGCUGGGCAGACUUAAAAUGUUGCCACCUAAAAUCUUUUCAAACUGAUUGUUCCAUGAAUUUUUACCAGUCAUAGAUUUCUGGCUUUCUCUAUGCAGGAAUAAAAUUGAAAUAAUAGAUUUUUAUUACAACUGAUAAAGUUAUUAGGAGGCAUAUUCUGAAUCAACUUGAAAUAUUUAUCACAACAGACAAAAUAUCAUUUUAUGACUUGAAGUAAUUUAAAUGAAAAUACCCACUAUAUAUUUUUCAUGCCUUCUUAGUCUUUCUGUUCAGCAAAAGAGAUGUGACAAAGUAUAAUAAAGUAAAUAAAUUCUCCAUCAUCCUACCAGAGCAUAGGGCUGCUGUCUCAUUAAAGAGAGAUGACUGAUGGUGGUUUAACCUGAAGAUCACUAGGCCCUCAGGCAUUAUUGAGAAGGAGAGUCCUUUGUGGUAAUCUCAACCAGUGCAGGAAUAGAAUGCACGUUGUUGGUGUUCCUCUGCAUUGCAAACUAGCUAUCUGCCAUCUGAUCUAACUGAUUCCCCAUCCACACUAAAGGAAAAUAGAUAAAUUUAUUAGUAUGUAAUAUUCCCUGCAUCAUUUUUGCUACCAAAACUAAUAAUCUCAUGUUUGAAUGUCAUCCAAGUUAUUUGUUUGAAUGGAUUCUUCAAUACUUUACUUCCUAUGCAGAAGAGUCUCAGAAGAGUUAACAACACCCUUGUUAACUUUGACAGCUCAUGACCAAUGAGUUUGUUUGAGAGUCAAUGUCUGAAAUUCACAAGCAGUAAUGCUGGCUGAGGGGCUGGAACAUCCUUUAGAAGAGGGUCAGUUCUGACAUCAAACAGUAAUGCUUUCGUAAAAGAACUAAAAUCUACUGCCUAUUUCUAAGUGGCUAAUUAAUUUUUUUUGACAAGCAAAGAAGAUGACUUUGAAUUAAAGUAGUAGAUGUUCUAUUAUGAUGUUAACCUGCAAUACAAUUUAUUGCAGAUAACCAUGAAAAUAAAUACAUAAUACAGCUACGCUUGUAUCUGCAGAGUUGCUGAAUAACCCUGGGGCAAAUGUUUUACACAGAGGGUGGUUUGCAUGAGGAAUGAACUUCCUGAGGAAGUGGUGGAUGUGCAUACAGUUACAACAUUAUAAAGACAUUUCGAUAAGUGCAUGAAUAGGAAACGUUUGGUGGGAUAUGGACCAGGAGCAGGCAGGUGGGACCAGCUUAGUUUGGGAUAAUGUUCAAAACAGACUGCUUGCACGCUGUACGACUCUGUGGCCAUUAUCAUGGCUAUGAAACAGACUGUCAGUAGCUAUUUCAGUAAUGUGAAGAAUUAUUUUCAAAAACCAUCAAGAAAGCCUCCACUAUUCUACAGACACGCGAAUAUUUCCUGUACUUAGAAAUGGCGCCUUUACAUUGUCCUGCAUUAUAUCCCGACUUGCGAACAGACUGUCGAACAGAACCCAUGCACAACCCAGGAUUGCCUGUGUAGUACUGUGUUCAUCUAGUUUUCUAUUUAAUUUUUCAGAACAUAUUCCUAGCACCAGGGGUUUGGCUAUUUCUGGUGAAGGGAUAACAUCAGAAGCAAAUUUACUGGGCAUUUCUGCCUUAUUUUCAUCUAACAAGCUAACUUCUGGAGGUUAUCAUGUUGUUAAUUAUCCCUUAAAUCUCACCUCCAUUCUUUACUUUCCUCUCCUUAUUUCCUAAACACUCUAUUAUCAUUUAUACUAGUCACUUCCUAUUUAGGCACAGAAUGCUUGAAAAUGGUGUGAUAUGUAAGAAGCUACUGAUCAGCUGCACUUUGUCAUAUAGAGAAUUCGGUGGUUUUAUUGGUUUGACAAUGGCAUUCAGAGCCUAUUCCAAUGUCACAUUUGUCCACACUGACUGGAAGAAGUAUGUGUAAGCCAACUCUUGCAGAUCCGCAAUUCUGAGCUAACUAACAUAGUUGCUGCCAUUAUAGGUGAAGGAAAAGGAAUUAUAACUGCUGUUGUAUAAAGAUGAAGUUAUCACAGGCUGGUAGCUCUGAUGACCAUUUGAAUGUAGUGUAAUAUGUUUAUAAACUUAUCCUAUAACUUA